AUGCCUUUGCCUCCAAUCUAUACAAACCGAUUUGGUUAUGAAAACUCUAACAUUUCUCUUCCAUCAUUUAGUGAGUUGACUUCGAUGUUAAAUCUUCCCAGGUAUACCCUACCAAAACCAAGAAUACAAAUAUGCAGUCAUUUGAGACCACGGACUCAAGCAACAACGGGUGGUAUAGAUGGAACUGCAAAUAAUAAGCCUAUUAGCGCUUAUAUAUUCAUGGAGCGUCAACCUCAAACUACUCCAAAGAUUCCUAUAGUCUCAGGCUCUUCUGUGUCGCCGGGCGCUGCCACACCAUACUAUGGUGCAUUACCAUAUGACGUCAGUAGAAGGAAGUUGUCGAUAGCCAGCUUGGAUAAUGGUAUAAGGCCAGUCAACAGCUUGUCGCCAACAAUCUCCAUUACUCCAGUUAGUAGCUAUGGGUCAGUCCCUCCAAAGUUAGCUUCUGUAGCACUGGAUAAUCCUGGAGUACCAGAACCAUCAUUUGCUCCUCCUAGUAUGCCUCGCAUUAAUGGAGUGUGCAGUCAUAGGUAUAAAAUUAAAGUAACGCCGGAAAGAGAGACCAGCUCCAUGCGUGCCAGAUGUAAUAAUUCUGGUGCUGAUAAACUUCAUUCUUUAUCGGCAGUGGCAAGUGCAUUAGUAGAAGAGGAAUGUAUGGUCAAAACUGAAAAUAGCUACCCUUUAUCACCCGAUAGUAUUAACAAUUCUGUUCUUAAAAGCAGGAACAACAGUAUUGACAGUUUAAUUUCAGGAGCGAUUCCCAAGUUUGAUAAGGAAGCAAGAAACAAUUGUGAUGGUGCAGCUCAGGAAUUGCCUGCCAAAGCUUCAUAUAUUGUUUCUGCUACUGAUGAUGUCAAAGAAGUACCAAGUGUAACGCUCACUUCUUCUGCGACAUCAAACGACGUAACUGUUGAGAGUCAACUCAUUACGGCUGAGCGUGAUGCUAUAAUCUUAGCUGGGUCUCAACGUCGUGAAAGCCAAAGAAGCUCUGGAAGCAGUGGUUCUCAUGGAUCAGCGUUAUCCCAGGACUCUAGCGAGCCCAAAUUCAACACCAUUGGGUCAUCGAUAAGGAGGCGCAAAUCCAAACCUGGCAAAGUUUCUAAGUCUGGAAAGAACAGAAACGUCUUUGGAUACUGUCUGCAAUGUGGGAAGGUCGAUACACCUGAAUGGAGAAAUGGGCCGCAGGGCAAAGCUACUCUGUGUAACGCAUGUGGUUUAUUCUACAAAAAGUUGAAGAAGUACUUUGCAGACGAGAACAUGGCUAUUCAAUUUAUGCAACAUAGAUCAAUUGUUGAUCCAGAGGACAGAACAAUGCCCAAGUUUUAA